AUGUCUGGUGUAAUUAUUAUCACCGGCUGGCUCUCAUUGAACCCGGAAGCAAUCACUCCUCUCAUCGUGCAGCAGCCCGGCUCACAAAAUGAAUACCUUCUUAUUCCAGCAAAAAUGAAUAACGUUCUAUGGCUUCUUCUCUGUGGAAACAAGCUGGAGAUCCUACAUCGCAUGUCACGCAGAGACAGAGGUUCACUGGCCUUCGUCCUAACACCGGCUCUUUUGUCUGCACAUCAGCACGGAUCACAGGGUACACACUUACCUUACCCGAUGCAUUUCCUGCAGACCAAGACGAUCACGUUAUUCGACUAA